AUGCCGUCCUUUUACCCCCGCCAACUCCCUCCCACCCCGCCCGAGUUCAUCCCUUCUAGCUGCCAGCGCAUGCAGUACCCUCAUGAUUCAUACCGCUCCUGCGACUCCCGUCAGGAUGCUGCUUACGACUACUCAAGAGGAUACCAGCAGCCUGCUUUCCAGCGUAACUCGAUUCUUCCUCCCAUCAACAAUUACUAUGAUUCAACCAGCGCCCCCAUCCUGCCACCUUUGAGAAUGCAGGAGCGUUUGGCCAUCGAGGAUGACUAUCGCCUGCGCCUCCAACAGGAACAGCGCAGCCAAGCCGCGCAACAACAGCAGCAACAGGCACAGCAAUCAACACAGAAGGAAGACAAGGCAACAGGAGGAGUUUCGGCCAAACUCGACUACGAAAUGGAACGCAUGACGAACUUUGUGGCGGAAUCGGCGUCGGGAAUGUAUGCUCUCCAUCUGUCCCCCAUCUGCCUUGCAGAUAUUGACAUCUGUCGAAGCAUCCAGCCUAGUGUUCCUAUCCAGCCCUCUUUUCGCAAAUGGGUUUCGCAGGUUUUGUCGGCAACCAGACUGCCCUCGGCAACCAUCCUUCUCAGUCUGCACUACUUGACCGUCCGUCUGCGAGACUAUCCUCCUAGGACCACCUCUUCGUCCGAGAACCACAUCUACCGCCUGCUCGCCGUCGCCCUAAUCCUGGGCAGCAAGUUCCUUGAUGACAACACCUUCAUCAACCGCUCAUGGUCCGACGUCACAGGUAUCAGAGUGUCUGAGCUGAACAAUCUCGAGAUGGAAUGGCUUGCCCUCAUCUCCUUCGAUUUGCACUGUGAUCCUUCUGAUCCUGCUGGUCUGGCUAGUUGGUUACGUGCAUGGAAUGACUACGACGCUCAAGCCAUCAGCCGUUCGCGCACCACCCGCCUGUCUCCGUUGAACACCAACAUCCAGCGCCAGUCACCCCGAGCAUCGCGUUCUCCUUUCCAGCCACAGUACAAGGGCAGCUUCGCCGACUUCACCCCCCAGUCAUCAAGACCUUCCUCUACCUAUUCAGGCACUCCCUAUACGUCCGCUGACCCCUGGAACCGUACUGAGCCUACUACUUCGGUCGAGGCUUUCUACAACAGUCAGCACCGUUACCCAACAUUAGAUGAGCUCGACCACUCCAACAGCCUUGCUGCCUUGGAGCAGGCUCGAAGAUCUACUGCCUACGGCGGUUGUGCCUUGCCUCUACCACCUGCCUUGACUUCGUCUUACUAUUCUCCUUGGAACCAGUCCACUUGGGGAGGCUCUCACCCACCUGGCUGUAACUGCAUGGCAUGUGCCCGCCAGUACAUGCCUUUCAUGGGUGCCUCGGGAUACCCAGCCCAGACUGUUGUCGGUUGA